AUGCUUCCUGUGUACUUCAUCUCCCACGGAGGACCCACGUUUGCGGAUAAAGGCCACGCCGGCUCAGAGGUGGGUGCCUGGGACACCGUCCACAAGCUGGGUCCCCAGAUUGUGAGCUCCAAGCCAGAUUACGUCAUAUGCAUAUCGGCACAUUGGGAUACACACAGUAACGUUUUGGUGUCCAGCAACGAGGGUGAGAACCCGUUGGUUUACGACUUUUACAACUUUCCACGCAAAUACUACGAAACCAAAUUUCACACGUUAGGCUCGCCCGCCUUCGCGAAGGAAAUCGUUAAGACACUCCAGAAUAAGGGAAUCCCAGCCGCAGUCGAAUCGCGUGGCCUAGAUCAUGGAGUUUGGACACCCCUCAGAGUGGCGUUCGGAAAUCCAGACGUCCAAGACACCAAACGGCUGGAUUUGGAAAUUCCGCUGAUCCAGGUAUCUUUGCCUGCCUCUCCGAAAAUACUUGACAGCUACCGGCUCGGAGAAGCCCUUUAUGAUCUGCGUGCGAAAAACGUGGCCAUUAUCUGCUCGGGGAUGUCCGUGCAUAACCUUCAGGACAUGCCGAGAGCCAUGGGCAGCGGCUCGUCUGAGCCGCUUCCCUACGUCAAACCUUUCAACUCCUGGCUCACGAACACCCUUACACAGGGCGGUGGCCUGUCUGACCUGCAGAAACUCGAGACAGAUCCCCAGCUGAACAAGUUGUACCGUGCUGCCCAUCCCACUCCUGAGCACUUCUUGCCGCUUGCUGUGGCUCUAGGUGCUGCCAGAAAGGGCAAAUGCGAGGUUCUGCAUACGGCGGCCACCUAUUCGCUGGGCUGGAAUAUUUACAAGUUUAUUUAA